AUGCGUGAGGUUAUCUCGAUCCACGUCGGACAGGCCGGAGUCCAAAUCGGAAACGCUUGCUGGGAGCUUUACUGCCUCGAGCACGGAAUCCAGCCCGAUGGAACGAUGCCAACGCAGUCAACGAACGUGGGCGAGUCCUUCACCACUUUCUUCUCGGACACUGGAUCCGGCCGUUACGUCCCAAGAUCGAUUUUUGUCGAUCUUGAGCCAACUGUCGUCGACGAGAUCCGCACCGGAACCUACAAGAAGCUCUUCCACCCAGAGCAGAUGAUCACCGGAAAGGAAGAUGCCGCCAACAAUUACGCUCGUGGACACUACACCGUCGGAAAGGAGCUCAUCGACACCGUGCUCGAUCGCAUUCGUCGUCUUGCCGACAACUGCAGUGGACUUCAAGGAUUCUUCGUCUUCCACUCGUUCGGAGGAGGAACUGGAUCCGGAUUCACUUCCCUUCUCAUGGAGCGUCUUUCCGUCGACUACGGAAAGAAGUCCAAGCUCGAGUUCUCGAUCUACCCGGCCCCACAGGUCUCAACUGCCGUCGUUGAGCCAUACAACUCCAUUCUGACCACCCACACCACCUUGGAGCACUCCGACUGUGCGUUCAUGGUUGACAACGAGGCCAUCUACGACAUCUGCAGAAGAAACUUGGACGUUGAGCGCCCAAGCUACACUAACCUUAACAGAAUCAUCUCUCAGGUAUACCAGAUCGACUCCAUAUUACAGAAGGAUCAUUCAACGCUUUCAGGUCGUCUCCUCGAUCACUGCCUCUCUGAGAUUCGCUGGAGCCCUCAACGUCGAUCUCAACGAGUUCCAGACCAACUUGGUGCCAUACCCAAGAAUCCACUUCCCACUCGUCGCCUACACUCCGCUGAUCUCCGCUGAGAAAGCUUACCACGAGGCGCUCUCCGUCAGCGACAUCACAAACAGCUGCUUCGAGCCAGCCAACCAGAUGGUCAAGUGCGAUCCACGCCACGGAAAGUACAUGGCUGUGUGCCUCCUGUACAGAGGGGACGUCGUUCCGCAGGACGUCAACACUGCCAUCGCUGCCAUUAAGACCAAGAGAAGCAUCCAGUUCGUUGACUGGUGCCCAACCGGAUUCAAGGUCGGAAUCAACUAUCAGCCCCCAACCGUUAUUCCGGGAGGAGAUCUCGCCAAGGUGCCACGCGCCGUCUGCAUGCUCUCCAACACCACCGCCAUCGCUGAGGCCUGGUCUCGUCUUGACUACAAAUUCGAUCUGAUGUACGCCAAGCGCGCCUUCGUCCACUGGUAAGACUGACAAUUCAGAGAAUAUUAUCAUGUAAUCCUCUUUUUCCAGGUACGUCGGAGAAGGAAUGGAGGAGGGGGAGUUCACCGAGGCCCGUGAGGACUUGGCUGCUCUUGAGAAGGACUACGAGGAGGUCGGCGCCGACUCAAACGAGGGAGGAGAGGUGGGAGAGGAAUAUUGAACGCUUCCCACACCACUCUGAUAUGAACUCGGAAUAUUUAUUAUAAACCUUUGUAUUAUAUCCACGAACCUCUUGUUUAAUAAUAAUACCUCAUUUAUUCGCUUCGACCACCAGAAAAUUUACAGAAGAAGAGUGAGAUAUAAAUAGUGGGUGGAGGAGGGAAUAAUGACUAAAAUGACCAUUGGCCGGCAAUAGCCAUAGGUCAAGUAGAAUACAAUAUACAAGAGGGAAUCUUUUCUAUGCGCGUCGCAAAAGCCUCAGGCGACAGUCUUUCGGGAAACAUUUUGGCCACUCGGUUCCAUAAGGCAAGAUGGGUAUGCAAGAAAGAGUCAUGGGGUAGGCCUAGAGAGGAGAGAAGAUAUUUGUUUUUUCUGAUUCAGGAAAGUCAAGUUACUUUGUGUAUACCGGGUCCCUCCCAAAUGUAACAAACGACUCAAAGCAGGUGCUCACAAGUGCCGCAAAAGUAAAUAACGGCGAUAGGGGUUUAAGGACAUAUUUGAACAGCUUUGUCUCGUUUUUCGCUGUUUGUGCCGCAAUUUUCUUUCAUUUGGUAGAAUGAGGAAUUUCAAAAUUUGCAGUCAAAAGAAUCCAUGACUACUACGGCGGCACAAUUGAACGGAACUCCGUCCUCUUCUCCGACCAGUUCGCCGAUGGUCUCUCCGCCGAUUCCGAACGUGGGCGACGAAGAGGAAGGUGUGGUGCAUUUGAUAACGGAUCUCAAGGACAAGGGGACGAAUUUUGUGUUGUUGAAGAAGACUCCACAGAUUCUGGAGUUGCAAACCAUUCUCAAAGACAAGUUGGAACUGCAAUAGUGUCCAGAAAGUGGAGUAAUUGUUCAGAACGACGACGCACUCCGAUUUCGUGCUCAACGCCGAUCGUCUGAUGCGUUUGGUGAUUGAAGAGGGACUGAAUCAUCUGCCGUACUCGGAUCACUCGGUGAUCACGCCAACGGGCUUCAAAUACGAAGGAAUACAGUUCAAUUGCGGCAAUUGCGGAGUGUCGUUGUGUCGGAGCGGAGAAGCGAUGGAAAUUGCUCUGCGACAGUGCUGUUGGAGCUAGGCUGGUCGAACAGGCGAUUUCAGGCGUCUGUUUUUUCAGGCGCCUGUUUUCUCAACGCAGGGACGCGGCGGCGCGUUGAAAAAACAGGCGCCUGAAAAACAGGUUCGACCAGCCCCGUCGAUAGCUGCCUUCUCGUCCGGGCCAAUCGAGAUCUACGGCAAACUGUCGGUGACGCGCGGAGAUGCGGAAAUGGUGAGUUUUCUUCACUAGAAAUCAUUAAAAUAUUGAUUUUUCAGCGUUCGAAUCGGCGUGAUGAACUGGAAUAA